AAAACAUGUAAAUUUGUUUCGUAGAUAGAUCAUUUAAAGUCAGUCAAUAUACAACUGUUCAUUUCUGUUUGUAAGUUUUAACGCAUUAUUUAUAUACGGUUUGCCGUGUUGAGUUCAUCGGCGAGUUUCUCAACAUAAUAUUCUGUGUGGCGAGACAGAUAAUGGGCUCGAACCAAAAAUCCCAUGAAGAUCGUGCCUAUUCCAUAGACCUACCAGACAAUGACAAUGGCGGCUUUAGAAUGGAGCAAAGACGCAGCAGUCCACAAUCGAGAAAUAAACCACAGAGAAGCAACAGUAAAAGAAUGUAUAUAAUACUUGGUGUGGUCGUUGCUGUUUUAGUUAUAGCUAUUGUCGCUGUAGUUGUGCCAUUUGUCGUCAUUGACCAUCAAAACGACUCAUCAUCAUCUCAUGAGAAGAAAGCUGUAUGUGGACCAUACAGCUAUCCUGGUGUCAACAUCUCAGCACUUACUCCACAAAUUAUAACAUAUAGAAAGACUUGUCCUCUGAAAGGAGAUUGCUGGACAGGGGAGCAAUGCUACGAGUGUUUCAAACGUCCGGUAUGGAAGGUUGGUAAUAUCAACAACAUACCUGUCUGCUGCAAGAACUGUGAGGUGACCGGGCUUGGUAUGUCAGGAACGGAGUGCAACUGUUUACAUAACGGCUAUAGCUAUGGAUAAAUAAAUUUUAUACAAGAAGUUUAUAUCAGGAUCGGAAACCAAUUUGACAAUAAAAAUUAUGAAAAGGUGUGCUUUCAUACCAAGAAAUUAGAGUAGAAUAUUAGAUUGAAGCAUUACUGAGAAUAUAUGCGAUACACUUUAAUCAAAUUGCCACCCUCUUCGUUUCUUCUUCAUAAAGUAGGCUACACGGUUGUUGUUUAUGUGAUAAAGAACUUAGUUUUUCCAGAACGGCGCCCCACUGUGUACCUGUUUUGAUUUUGUAUUGUAUGUGCUUACCAAUCUUUGAACAAAGCUUUUACGGGGAAAAAUAUUGUAGUUAUAGUGGAUAAUUACUUAUUUAUUUGGUGUAUAAUAAAAUGUUUUUAAUUUCAUCAUAGUCUCCCUCAAAGUUUAACACUCUGAUGUAUGUAUUAACAUAUUAAAUAGUGUAUUUUGCUUUGUUGUAUUUAGAAAAUAACGAAAAAUAAAUUACAAGUUUGAAAA